CUUCUCCAAUUCCGCCAUAAUGUUCGGAUACUACUGAGUAUGUAGUAUCGAAUUGCGGGAAUCGAUGCGGAGAAUUGGGAUUCCCCAGCUUCUCCACUCCUCCACCUUCCCCACGUUUUCCUACUGGUUUACACUCUCCGUCUAAUGACUCUCCGAGAUGCGUUCAAUGAAUCAGCGAGGAAUUAGUGCGUCCUACUCCUCAUCUUCAUAUUAACCCAGCUCCCAGCUCCCAGCUCCGAACUUCCAGCUUCAGUUCCUUCCUAACCAACAUCACCUUUUGCCCACCCACGUCAAUUCACCAAGACAACAACCGCCCGUGUCUCAUCCUCAAGUAAUUAAUAACCCAAUAUUUGAUGGCUCCGGGACAGAUCGACUCCUUCGGGGACCUUGACCCCUGGGCCGAGCCCGCCUGGUACAACACCCUCGACUCGCCGUACUACGAUGACAGCCAUCGGGCAUUACGGAAGUACGUGCGCGACUACAUCGAAGAGCAUGUGCUGCCGUUCUCGGAAGAUUGGGAAAAGCAAGGCUUCGUCCCCACCGAGGAUGCCAUAAAGUACGCGAGAGCUGGUCUCGCGUUUCAGGAAAUACCGAGGGAGUACAGGCAGGGGAUUAGCCUCCCGGCAGGCAUCCCGGACGAUCAAUGGGAUGUCUUCCACACCAUGAUUCUACACGACGAGACUUCGAAGGUACAAUCCGGGGCCUUGUCCGGCCUCUCCGGAAGUUCGGUGAUCGGCGCGCCUCCGGUCGUGAAGUUCGGCACGCCGGAGCAGAAGAACAGGUGGCUUCCCGGGAUCUUCACCGGCGAGAUCAGAUUCUGUCUCGGCGCAACCGAGCCCACGGGCGGGUCGGACCUGGCCAAUCUGAAGACGACGGCGAAGAAAUCGGCGGAUGGUCGAUUCUAUAUUGUCAACGGACACAAGAAAUGGAUCACGGGUGCGAUGACCGCAACGCACAUGACGGCACCAGUGAGAACUGGAGGGCCGGGUGCGGCGGGAAUAUCUGCCCUGGUCAUUCCGACCAAUCUACCGGGGUUCUCUGCGAGGAAAAUAGAUAACAGUGGGCUCAACGCUGGCGCAAGCGCUUGGGUGGAUCUGGAGGACGUCCACGUCCCGGUUGAGAACCUCCUGGGUGUCGAGAAUGAAGGCUUCAAGAUAUUCAUGGGCAAUUUCAAUAAGGAACGCCUCAUCAUGGCCGUAAAUAUGAACCGCAAGGCACGCCAGAGCCUGUCCGUGGCCCUGAACUACGCGCACGUCCGCUACACCUUCGGCAAGCCCCUCAUGUCGCAUCAGAUCAUCCGGCACAAGUUCGUCACCAUGGCCCGCUACAUCGAGUCGCACUGGGCCUGGCUCGAGCAGAUCGCCUACCACAUCAAGCGCAACGGUUGGGAGGGCAACACGGUGGCGAGCCGGAUCGCCCUGGCCAAGAUCCACGGCGGGAGGCUCCUGGAGCUGGCGAACAGGGAGGCCCAGCAGGUCCUCGGCGGGGCGGGAUAUCAGCGCGGCGGCAUCGGGGGUACCGUGGAGCAGAUCAGCAGGGAUCUUCGCAUGCUCGUCGUCGGCGGGGGGAGUGAGGAGAUCCUGACGGAUCUGGCCAUGAGGCAGGAGCUGUCUGCUGGGAAGAAGAGGGGGUCUAUGCUUUGAUAGCGAGUUUCUAGCGUGUAGUUAAUAUUGUCAAUGGUUUAAUUUAAACGAG